AAGGACACAACCGUCGCGGCGGAGGACCGCGGUGUAGGGUCGUCGUUCGGUUCAGGGGGAAUGGCCAGCCGAAACAUAUGUAGCAGAAACAUAGCUACUGCUACUUAUUUUGUUCUCCAUGUGCUCUGGUGAAGCCCCGUUGCUGGCUUAACGAUGCAUUUUUCCAUACCGGAUACGCAAGAACUUAAAGACGAAAGCGGCUCCACAUACGUCGCGUACAACAUACACGUGAAUGGAGCCUUUCAUUGUGCCGUUCGCUACAAGCAGCUCCACAGUCUGCAUGACCAGCUAAAAAAGGUGUUUGGAUCAGCAGCACUUCCUCCAUUCCCACCGAAAAAGCUGUUACCAUUGACACCAACGCAAACUGAGGAACGACGAGGAUUCCUUGAAAAAUACAUCCAGCUAGCCAGCCAAGAUGCUCGUGUGUCAUCCGACGAGGCUUUCACAGGCUUCCUGCUGUCUGCUCAGCAGGAGACCAUGGGUGCCCCUCCCAAGGAGGUCGACUUUGACGUGUUUCUAAUGAACUGGCAAAAGGUCACCGUCUCUGUGCUCUCUACAGACCCCACUGACGUGGUUAUGGAUGCAGUAGCAAGGGAGAUUGGAUUGCCUCCAGACCUCAUAUGCUACUUUGCUUUGUUUUUAGUAAAAAGGGCAGAUGCGGACAUAAUCAUUCAGAAACGGCUAGAAAACUUUGAGGCCCCUUACCUCUCCCAAACGUCAGCUGGUCCAGGUCACUGUAUUGUUAUCAGGAAAAGCUACUGGGACAGCGGUUGGGACGACGCACUGAUGGUUGACCGUGUCGCUCUGAACCUAGCCUACGUGCAGACGUUAAGUGACGUGGAACGUGGCUGGGUGGUCGUGCCCAAAGACACACAGCGACAGCUAGCCACCCUUCAAGCCAAGGGCUCCAAAAAGGAGUACCUACAACUGGCACGGACGCUCAAGUAUUAUGGCUAUCUCCAAUUUGCUCCCUGCUUUUGCGACUAUCCACAACCUGACACUCGGGUUCUCAUUAGUGCUGGUGGUAGAGAGCUCAACUUCAGGCUUGCCUUAGCACAGGACCAGUACAAAGAAAUCAGCUUUCGAGUCACAAGGAUACGAUGUUGGAGGAUCACGACAGCUGUGAUAGACCAUGCAAAUGGAGAAUGUUCUGGGAACUCUCAAAGUUCAGAUGGAAAGCACCAGAGACUGGAGCUUUCGUUCGAGUACCUGAUGAGCAAGAACAAGCUCCAGUGGAUCACAGUGGUCAGCAGUCAGGUAUGUGGCAAAUUAAACGAAAAGAGUUUGCAUUAGGCUGGACUUGCUGAG